AUGGAGGAUCUUGGUAAUGAGCAUUUUUUGAUACUUGCUGAUGAAUCUAGUGAUGUGUCCCUAAAUGAACAAUUGGCUCUUUGUUUGCGUUAUGUUGAUAAAAACGGAAAGCCAGUUGAGAUAUUUCUUGGUGUUGUCAAUGUUGAAGACACUACAUCUUCAACACUAAAAACUGCAAUUGAAAAUUUGCUUAUGGAUCAUCAGUUAAGCUUGUCUAUGGUCCGUGGGCAAGGAUAUGAUGGAGCUAGUAACAUGAAGAGUCACAUUAAUAGUUUGAAGAAACUUAUUAUGGAUGAGUCUCCUUCUGCUUAUUAUAUUCACUGCUUUGCUCAUCAACUUCAAUUAACUCUUGUUGCUGUUGCUAAGGAGAGUGGUGAUUGUCAAUGGUUUUUUCAACAACUUUCAUAUUUGUUAAAUGUUCUUGGGAAUUCUUGUAAGAAGAUAAGAAUGCUUCGAGUGGCUCAAGACGAGUCUAUCAUUGAAUCAUUGGAAUUGGGUGAACUUGAAACCCGUCAGGGUUUGAAUCAAGAGAUGGGUUUGGGAAGGCCAGGUGAUACAAGGUGGGGAUCUCACUAUGAAGCUAUAUUGCAUAUUAUUGCUUUGUACCAACCAAUUCGGAAAGUUCUCAUCAAGAUUGGGGAAGACUAUAGUGGGACGGAGGCUAUAUCGGCUCAAACUAUAUUGACAUUAUUUGAGUCAUUUGAGUUUGAACAAUUGCAGUUACUGCAGGAAGAUGGUGGAUGGAAUACUUUCCUUCAAGGUGUCAUUUCUUUUUGUGUGAAGCAUAAGAUCAAAAUUGCUGAUAUGGAUGGUCGCUACAAGCCGGUUGGAAGAUCUGCAAGGUUCUAUGGUAAAGCUACAAAUAAACACCACUUUCAUGUUGAUAUGUUUUUGGGUGUUAUUGAUAGGCAACUUCGAGAGCUUAAUGACCGGGUGAUAUGUGCAGCUGGAAAGUGGCGUUUUGUGGAGUCCUUUUUGGCUUGCAAUGGGUGUUCAGGAUCCGAAGAUCACAUCGGAGGUAUUCCGUUCAAAGUACUUCAGUUUUUGCCCUCUCUGCAGUCUGCACCAUAG